AUGUCUUCUCCCGAAAUCUCCAGGAUCUCCUGGGGCAGUAUGAGUGUUGGUGGACAGCAUUAUAAAGACUGCAAGGUGUGGCCAGGAGGAAGCAGAACCUGGGACUGGAGGGAGACUGGAACUGAUCACUAUCCGGGUGUCCAGCCGGCAGACGUAGAGGAAGUUGUGAAGAAGGGGGUGAAGACACUGGUGAUUGGCCGUGGAAUGAGCGAGGCGCUACAGGUGCCACCCUCUACUCUAGAGUACAUCAAAUCCCAGGGCAUCGAUGUGCUGGUUUUCCAGACUGAGAAAGCGGUGAAGGAGUACAACAGUUUGGUCUCACAAGGAGCCCGAGUGGGGGGUGUUUUCCACUCCACCUGCUGA